AUGGAGUCCUCAGGCAGCCCGAAAGUUGCAGCACAAAAGACGCAUCCCGGUCGCCGGAGCGCUGGCAAGGCGGAGGACCCCGCCAUUGUCGCAGCUCGUGCAGGAGAUGUGGAGGCGCUCCGCGGCAUGAACGCCACAGCAGUGCUGGCAGCCACGGACCACAAUGGAUGCGGCUGCUUCCAUUGGGCAGCAGGCAACGGCCACCUUCAUGUGUUGCGGCUCCUGGCUCAGUGGGCGGCGGAGACUGCCUCAGCCCUGGAGCCCCUGACGUGGAAUCAGCGCACACCCUUCCACUACGCUGCGCGAAAUGGGCAGCUCGAGGUUUGCCGGUGGCUCCUUGAAUCCCGAUGUGAUGCGCAACGCCCAGCACGCGACGAGGUCUCCCCACUGCAGCUUGCAGUUUGGCAAAACCACCUGACAACGAGCCAGUGGUUGGUGCAGGAGGCCGGCGCCGAUGCUUUGCAACGAAACCGCUUCGGCUGCUCCGUGGCCCAUUGGCUCUCGCAGGCACCGGUGGAGAGAGCGGGCCAGCCGCAGGGUGCAGCACUAAUCCCUUUGGCGCGCUGGCUCAAAGCUGAGGGCUGCGACUUCCGAGCCGUGCAGGAGCAUGGGCAUCAUUGUUUGCACAAGGCUGCAUGGUCCGGUCAUGCAGAGCUUUGCCGCUGGUUGCGGGAGGAGUGCGGCAUGCGUGACGACAUGCAGGACAAAGCUGGCAACUUUGCGGCUGACCUGGCUGAGAUGGCCGGGCACGCGUCUUUGGCGACGUGGCUCCGCGACGAAUGCGGCGCUGCACGUGCCGCGAGCUGUCUGAAACUGGGCCUCCGCGAGGAUGCCGACCUUCACACGAUUCGGCAGGCCUACCUGCGUUUGGCCCGCGAGGUCCAUCCGGAUGGCCGCCCUGGCUGCUGCCAAAGCAUCGAAGAGUUCGCGGCUCUGCACGCUGCCUACCACCACUUGACGAAGCUGGGGGGUCGGGGCGUGCAGACCAACCCACGCCACCAGGAGCGGCUGAUGCUUACAUGGGACGGUGCCGUGAACCACCGCAUGGAGAGCGAACGGGAACGUUUUAAGGCACGUUUGCUGACCGUCGUUGGUGAGUUUGGGGACAAAGGCUUCCCAGCGAGUUCGCUGAAGAAGAAGUAUGCGCAGGUCUUCGCAGGGGCGGCCCUGCCGCCACCGAGCGCCUUUGGCCUGCGGAAGAGUUGCGGCCUCCUUGAGUUGCUGCGGACGGUGGCGAGCGACGUAGUUCACAUCGAGCUGGAUGCAAAUGGGAAGGAGCCGUGGCUGCGUGCCACUUGCGGCUACAAUAGCCGCCUAGCCGACAGCGCAGAAAAGUGA